AUGGAGGUCGCAUAUCUUUACACCAAGGUCCGCUCCGAGUUCGGCAAGCACUGCUCCUUCAAGGACGUGCCGGCAUUCCUCUUAGAAACUGUGCCGUGCUCCACAGAGUACGAUGAUAACUAUGUCGCGCGGAAUCCCAGCGUCGCCGAGCUGGACACUUCACCACAUAUGUCGGAGCACGAAGCAAACACGGAGAGGUUGAUCACGAAGCACACAUCGAUGCGGCACGUUGAAGGAGGCUGGCCAAAAGAUGUCGAUUUCACAGAGCAGUCGGACGUGAACCGGUUCCGAAAGAAGGCAGAAAAGGAUGAGGAUUACAAGAUUGCAAUCAAGAGCCUAGGGCCUAUCAUCGGGCGGUGCAUGAAGCAAAACAACACUAUCGAUAUCUACGAGGAGUACUUCGAUGGAGACGAGGUGGAUCAUUCCAGCGAACCACCAAGCGCGAAGGGGUUGGCGGUUUUCCGUGACCCUAAUGCAGUCAACGGCAUCAAGAGGACGGCGACAUCAAUCAACUGGCAUCCCGAUGGGCCGACGAAGAUUGCCGUUUCCUACAGUAUUCUCAACUUCCAAGACCCACGGUUCAUGAACGCGCGGAUGCCGGUCCAGUCUUAUGUGUGGGAUACGAUGAACCCGAAUACCCCGGACGUGGCACUCACACCGCCGAGUCCAUUGUGUUGUCUUCGAUUCAACCCCAAGAGUACGGACAACUUGGUGGGCGGAUCGUACAACGGGCUGAUCAACUUCUUCGACCUGCGAAAGCCCGGCGCUACGAUUGGACAGGCGGUGCCGCUAGAGACGUCCGUGAUCGAAAAGAGUCACCAUGAUCCAGUCUAUGACGUCUUCUGGAUUUCCUCGAAGACAGGCAACCAGUGCGCAUCGGUGUCAACGGACGGCCAGAUGAUGUGGUGGGACACUCGUCGAUUGGGCGAGCCCACGGACACGUUGCAGCUGGCGACGGAUUCUAAGGGGGGUGGAAUGGUCCUCGGCGGAAGCUCGAUGGAGUACAACCAGGAAGCGGGGCCGACUAAGUACCUUGUGGGGACAGAACAAGGCAUCGUGCUGCAGGUCAACCUUCGAAACAGGAAGCAGAACAACGGUAUUAGUGUGUUCGACAUGGGCGCGGGUAAACACCACGGUCCGAUCUAUAGCAUCCAACGUAACCCAACUCAAAACAAGUACUUCAUGACCGUUGGUGAUUGGACGGCGAGAAUAUGGGCAGAGGACCUCAAGACCCCAAUCAUGACCACGAAGUACCACAGCGCAUACUUGACGAGCGGGUGUUUCAGUCCGACGAGGGCAGGGGUAUUCUUUGUUACGAGGAUGGACGGGGUGGUCGACAUCUGGGACUACUUCUACCGUCAGAACGAGGUCGCGUAUAGCCACAAGGUGGGAGACGCUCCUCUCAGCUCGAUCUCAGUACAAGGCAACGUCCAAGUCGGCGGAAAGCUCGUGGCGGUUGGGGACGUAAACGGCACGGUUUCACUCUUGGAGGUUUGCGAGUCUUUAGCUGUGAGUGCCGGUAGCCAGGAGAAGGGGGCCAUUGGCGCAAUGUUCGAGAGGGAGAUGAAGCAAGAGAAAAACCUCGAGCUCCGGGAGCGAGACUUGCGGCGGGCAAAGGCAGCUGAGCAAGACGCUAAGAAUAAAGCUGACGCCGAGAAGAAGGAUGGAAAGGAUGAACGGAUGGAGGAACUUUUGAGAAAGGUGGACGCCGAUUUUUUGGCAAUGAUCAAGGAGGCAGAGGACGACGAGAGCAAGGGAGCGGAAGGGGCACCGCUAGACGUAGACCCAGCCGAUGACAAGUAG